GACGAUCAGAGCUGUCCUUUGCGCAUCACUUGCAUCAAUCGAUCAAGCCCUCAGGGCCCCCCGACUUACCGGCACCCCAGACAACGCCAUCCCACCUCAUUUUCGGUGCAACUUGCGUUGCCAGCGAUGGUGUAGAAACUCAAUUGUCGCCCACGACGGAAAUCGAUGGAACGCCCACCGUGGAGCGCCAGGGACAAGCCGCCCUCGACUGCAACGGCCGACAACUGUUCGCUCAUGCCUUCGACCGUUGCUGCCGGCGCGCCGACCGACGAGGCGGGUGCCGGUGCACGCCGCAGGAAGGACUCGCAAAUGACCGCCGCUCACCUGCCGUCGCCGGUCUUGACUCCGAACGAUCCUGCCCCGAACGUCGUCGCCGACCAGCACCUGCCGCAAGACCGAGCAUUGUCAAGCCCAACCCAGGGCGUGCCCACACCAGACCCAUCCAGCGACAGCCAGAGCGAUGCCGAGCCUUUCAGAGACUCCCUUCCCAGCGACCCAUUUGGGGCCGACAGAGACCGUGACCGCAGCAUGCAUGUUACCAAAACCCGUAGCAGAUCAAACACAAAGACCAGCAAUCCCGAUGGCGUCAGGCGCCUCUCGGCUUCAAAGAUGCAGCGGUUGACCGCCGCCCCGGAUUCGCUGCCGGUGGCCGCCAUCGCGGAUCGCAAAAUUGGUGAACCGCCAAUUACUGCUAGCAUCGUCGAGGCGAGCAGGCGGCUUUCGCGGGCGACGGAGGAGCACGCCACGCAGACGCGGACGCGGCGGCUCGAGGAUGAUACAGCGCCAGGGGCCACGCCGGGGCGGCCGGUCAUGACGGCCCGGACGCUAUCCACGCCACCGAUGGGCAGGAGGAAGUCCGUGAGCCAGCCGACGACGCAGCAGUCUCCCCGCCGCAACUCGUUUCAGCCUGCCCCUCGGCCGGCCCCGCUCGACUUGGAUGGAAAGAGCAAUUAUUCGGGCGCGACAGGCAGGGCGCCUGCGGAAGCUCGGGCUGAUAAGGCGGAGCCGGCCCCUCCGUCCCCGAUCCCGGUGUCGAUCCCGCUGCCUCCCAUGUCCAUACCUACACUGCUGCAGCUGGAACUGGCCGGCGAGCGGCCGAGCCCCUUGUACAUCCACCCUUCGCACACCCGCGACAUUCCAUACGAAUCGAGCGCCGUCAAGUUUGAGCGCCUCAAGAAUUUCCUGCUUCUUCCCUGGUUCCUCGAAAGGGUCAUGGCCUUUGGCGUUGCGGCCUGCUUCGAUGCUUGGCUGUGGACCUUCACCGUGCUGCCCAUGCGGUUCUGCAUCGCCGCGUCCGUGCUGGUGCGCUGGUGGACGUACGUGAUCGGCAAGGAAAUACGCUGGUUGGUUGGCUUUGUCUGGUACGGCUUGGGUCGGAUGUGGCAGCGCGGCCGCCGCGGUCGCUCCGUCUCGGCAGCCGACACUCAGCGAACGCCGGCCGAGGCGUCCAGGAGCCGGAGCCGUGCCCGAGGCGUUGCCGCAGAUGGGGCACCACACCCUAGCGGGGUUGCCGCCACAGAUGCGGAUACCUCCUCACGGCCCGGCGCGCUUGCGUCCAGGAAGCGGAGCGCAAAACCUGCGGGGACCUUCGGGCACCGGCGCACCAAAUCUAGCCCGUCCAACCUGACAUCCUUCCACAAAGCCGAUCUUCUCCAGGGCGCCAUGAUCAUCUGCAGUUCCAUUGCGCUCAUGAAUCUCGAUGCCAGCCGGAUGUACCACUUCAUCCGGGCCCAGUCGGCCAUCAAGCUGUACGCCAUCUACAACCUGCUCGAGGUCGGCGACAGGCUGCUGUCUGCGCUCGGCCAGGACGUCUUCGAGUGUCUCUUCAGCACCGAGACGCUGUCCCGGAAUAGCUCCGGCCGCUCCAAGGUGAUGCUGCCGCUCGGCAUGUUCCUCCUCGCCCUCGUCUACAACGUCCUGCACUCGGUCAUCCUCUUCUACCAGGUCAUCGCGCUCAACGUGGCCGUCAACUCGUAUUCCAACGCGCUCCUGACCCUGCUGCUCUCGAACCAGUUUGUCGAGAUCAAGAGCACCGUCUUCAAGCGCUUCGAGAAGGAAAACACGUUCCAGCUCACCUGCGCCGAUGUCGUCGAGCGGUUUCAGCUCUGGAUCAUGCUGAUCAUCAUCGGCAUGCGCAACGUGGUCGAGGUCGGCGGGCUGUCGGUGCCGGGAGCAGGGAGCGAGGACAGCGGGCCGAGCAGCAUCCCGUUGCACACGUCCUCCAUCCUGCCGGCCAGCUUCACCAUCCUGCCAUCGUGGCUGUGGUCCGGGGAAGUCCUGUCUCCCUUUAUCGUGGUCAUUGGCAGCGAGAUGGUGGUCGAUUGGAUCAAGCACGCCUACGUGAACAAGUUCAACAACAUCAAGCCGUCGUUCUAUGGCCGCGUCCUGGACAUUCUCUGCAAAGAUUACUACACAAAUGCCUUCGUGACCCCGUCCUUGACCCGCCGCCUGGGCCUUCCCCUCCUCCCGCUCUCCUGCCUCUUCAUCCGCGCCUCGGUGCAGAUCUACAACAUGUUCCUCGCCACCCACCUGCCCACGCCGCUCCUCCCGUCCACGCAGACCUCGCUCUCAGUCGAGUCGGCCACGCCCUCCCCCGCCAUGCUGGCGGCGCUGGACCGCCUCGACAACCUCAUCCGCACCGCCCUGGGCCGCUCCGUCUUCGGCUACCCGUUCGCCGACCAGCUGUCGUCGUCCUCGUCAUCGGACAACGGCACCGCCGAGACCGCCGGCGGGGCAUCCCACUGGCCGUGGCGGUGGUGGCGCUUCACGAGCGACGACGCGAUCGCGGCGCUGACCAUGGUGGUCGUCUUCCUGCUGCUGUUCCUGGUGCUGCUGGUCGUCAAGCUGGUGCUGGGCAUGGCGCUGCUGCGGUACGCGCGCGACCGGUACGCGCGCAUGAAGGCCAAGGAGCAGGCCGUCGCGGCCGGGCUGGCGGAGCGCGAGUCGUUCGACGCCCAGGGCAAGCGCACGGGCGGGUACGGCCAGGUCGAGGUCGGCGAGGACCGCCGGCGCUGGAUCUUUGGCGACGACGUCGACGGCUUGCGGAAGGCGGUCGAGCGCGACAGGAGGAACGAGGAGAGGGCCGAGAGGGAGAAGGAGAAGGAUUUCGGCCAUGUGAUUCGCUAUGAGAUGGUGGCGCGGCGUAUCUGGUAGUUGGUUCCAGAGUUGGGUGGUAUUGAUUUUCGCUUCCGAGACGAAGCGGCCUGGUAGGGUUGGGAUUGGCUUAUUCCUUGUUUUAUUGCUGGCGUCGGUUGCAUGGACUGGCGUUCGUUC